AAGAGAGUAUGAUUUGUGUACCAAUAAAUCUGCGGAUGCCACUACAAAAAUAUAUGAAGUUUCGCGUUUCGUGAGCCAGCUUAAUGAGAUCAUGUCAUUUACCACUCAGUGUCAGAUUCAUAUGGAUGUCAAAUCACAAUGAACAAAAUUUCGGCGCAAAUAUGUUGAAAAUAUGGCCCAAGUAUGGUUAAAUACCUACCGCAGAUACUUUACAAUGGCAUUAAGAUCUUCAUCAGGUCGCUUAAUAAAAGCAUCCAGGAAGAAAUACAGUUGAGUCAGGAAGCUGCCAAAAUCAGAUAUAAUCAGCAAGCUUCAGACAGUGCCAGCAAGGAGCCAUUGCAAAUGAAUUUAGAUGAAGCAAAAUUAAUACUGAAUGUGAAUAAAUUGUGCCCUAAGGAAAUCGAAGAGCGUUACCAGUAUUUGUUCCAUGUCAACAGUAAGGAGCAAGCAGGGUCUGUCUAUUUGCAGUCUAAGGUGCUUAGAGCUAAGCAGCGGUUAGAUGUUGAAUUGAACAAGGAUACUGCAAUUGAAAGUGAUUUGUCAAUCAAACCAAAAAGUAAAAAUUUGUCGUAAAUACGUGA